UCGUUAUUAACUAUCUGUAACAGGGAGUUAGAUUAAAAUGAAUGUUAUACGUAAUGAAAAUGCGGCUCCAUUAAGAGGACGAACUAGAGGUAGAGGACGAGGAAAAUUAAGAGAAAUAAUAACAAAUGUUUUACCAAAAUAUCGCUUUGAUUUUGGAAUUCGAAAGCCAUUGGUCGAUCUAUGCCCCACGAAUUCAAAUAUUUUGAAAACUACAACGCAUCGCACGCUAAAAAGUGCAUCCACUUCGUCUUUUCUUCCAAGUUCGACUCGCAAAGGAAGUUUAGGAUCAAAUGCCACGAGAACACCAGGAAGUAAUACAUCCACGGAAUCUUGCGUGAUACUCGCAAUAACAUCCGGUCGUGGCGAAGCAAGAGGAGAAGUUGGAAUAGCUGCAAUAGAUAUUCAUCAUUCUCAUUUAAUUCUUUGUCAAAUGAGCGAUUAUCAGACAUAUAUCAAUACCUUGACAAAAAUUUACAUAUUUAAUCCAGUGGAGAUUCUGAUGCCUGACACUAUUUGCAAUGAAAGAAGAAACAGAAAUAAACUGUAUUGUUCUAUCAAAGAGAAAUUUCCUAAUCUAUGUAUCACUCCAGUAUCGAGAAUUCAUUUUAAUGAGUCUAUCGGAUUGGAACGUGUAAAAACUCAUUGUGCGAAAGAAUACUCGACAGUAGAAUUAUUUUUGAAACAAAAAUAUUACGCGUUAGCAUCAGCAUCAGCUUUAUUGAAGUAUAUAGAAUUUAUUCAACAUAUCGUUUAUGCACCAAAAUCGAUCAGAAUUGAGUUUCAAGGCUCGCCCAAUACCACUGUUAUAGACAUAGAAAGUGCACAAAGUUUAGAAUUAGUUGUGUCUCAAUGUGGUCAACCAAAUGCUAGCCUUUUGAAUUCUAUGGACCAUUGCGUUACACCAAUGGGUAGAAGACUUUUAAGAGCAUCUAUUUUACAACCUCUUUGCGACGAAAAAAUAAUAAUAGAACGUCAAAGUAGCGUUACUGAAUUAAUGUCGAAUCGAUCAUUAUGCAAUCUUGUACAGCCUUUUGUAAGAAGAUUGUAUGGCGCGGAUCGUCUUUUAAGUCUUUCUAUGAUGACUUCACAAAACAAUACUGUACAAAAUGCAGAGAGAAAUUUAAAUUACGUGCUUCUGUUAAAAAAUUCUCUUGACAUUGUACCAGAAUUGCGAGAAGCACUUGAAAGUGGUCGAGCUCUAUUUUUUACUAAAGUUCGAAAAAAUUUAGAGAAUUCACAAUUCGAAAUAAUGAAAAAUAAAAUUCUAGAAAUAAUACAUCCUGAUGCAAAAUCUCUAGUAGGAUAUACAUCGUCGAACAUGCAACGAUGUUUUGCUAUUAAACCAGGCAUUAAUGAUUUAUUGGAUAUUGCUCGACAAACAUAUUGCGAACUUAUAAGUGAUAUGAAAACUUUGGUGGAAAACUUAGCGAUACAAUAUAAAAUGAAUUUAUCACUGGAAUGCAACUCAUCCUUAGGAUUUUAUAUUUUAGCAGAAAUAUCUCGUCAUUCAGAUUUCCAACCCUCUGAUUUAUCAUCAGAAUUCGUUCAAGUACAAAAAAAUAAAAACACCUAUUCUAUGACGACAAACAAAUUAUUAGUAUUGAGUCAUCAGUGUAAAAUUGCUUGUGAAGAUCUUCAUAUAAUGAGCAACGCAAUUUUAAAUGAUUUGCUCGUAAACAUUCGCGAACACAUCGGCUGUCUUUAUCAACUAAGUGCUGAUGUUGCAGAAUUAGAUUUAAUAAUCUCUUUGGCUCGUAUCAGUUCAUCUCCUGAAUAUGUACAACCAAUCUUUGGGCCAAGAUUAGAACUUAUAGAUUCAUUACAUCCUAUAAUGGGAAUAUUCGGAACAGAACGACCUGUACCCAAUGAUGUGAAAGCAUCAAUACCUUACAAUCAUCAUACCAUAAUUGGACCUAACAUGAGUGGUAAAUCAAUUUACUUGAAACAAAUAGUUUUAUUACAUAUUAUGGCACAGAUUGGUUGCUACGUUCCAGCAAGAAGAGCGGAAUUCAGAAUUACCGAUCGUAUAUUUUGUAGAAUAUGUUUUCGCGAUGACAUAGAAUGUAAUGCUUCCACCUUCGUUGUUGAGAUGAAAGAAACACAAUACAUUCUACAAUCAAUUACACCUAAAUCAUUAGUGAUCUUAGACGAGCUUUGUAGAGGUACCACUGUUGAAGAAGGUUCAUCUAUUACAUGGGCAAUAUGCGAAAGACUAUUGAUUACCACCGCGUUUACUUUCAGUGCGACACAUUUUCGUUACCUCACCAAAUUAGCUGAAAUAUAUUAUAACGUUACAAACCAUUGUUUCAAAACUGAAACUAAAUAUAUAGAAGGUUUAAACGAAGCUCGAUUAAUAUAUACACACAAACUAAUGGUAGGUGUAACUCCCACUGAUAAUUAUGGUAUUGCAUUAGCCGAAGUAUCAGGUCUUCCGGUUUCUAUUACUGCCAAAGCUCGAGAAUACGCAAAAAAAGAAGUUACAAUAAUGAAAAAAGAUGAUUAUUUUAUGGAACCGAAUUCAUGGGAGAAGACAUGUUAUAAUCGUGUUGCAGAAAUAUAUAAACUCAUAGAAAAUAACGAAUUCAAUCGUAAAAAUAUUGUUAGUCUUAUACAUGAACUUGAUGUUUGUAAAACAGACGAAUUUAGAAAAAUGCAACAAGAAGACAAAGAUUUGUGUAAAGCUUUGGAAAGUUUUGAAUCAGUUCAAACACCUAAUUUAAAUUGGCACAAUAUAGAGGUCUCUCCUACAAAUCGAGUAAAUGAUGUAGCAACUUACUUUGACGUUAAUACAAAUUUUAUGAUGGAAAUAAAUUUGACAAAAGAAGCAAAUAUAGUACAGAAUUCAAAUAAACAAUUUGAAGAUAUCACUGAUAAAAAUCGAAAAGAAAUAUUUGCAGGACAAUCUUGGUUCAGAAAAAAUACUGAUUUAAGUGCAAUUAAACAAAAUCCGAACUAUGUUACACGCUUGACACAUACGUCUCCUUUUAAAAUUAAUGAAGCCGGUCGCAAAUUAACAACAUUGAUAAAUACAACUUCUAAAUUAUUGUUUAACUCAGAUGAAUCGUCAAAAAAGCAAACAGAUUCAAAUACUUCUAAAACCUCUUUACGAAUUGAACAAUCGAAUAACGUCGAUAAGAAAGAUUCCUUAUCUAUUCAAACUAUAUCAAUGAUGUCCCCAUUAAUUUCUUUCAGAUCUUCACAAGUUUCUCAACUUCAUAAAUAUUCUUUAAUGGAAUCAGAUUUUGAUCCUUCUUUAUCAAGAGCGUCUAUCAUAACAGAUAUAGCAGAAAUUAAUACUUAUGAUAAACAGCUAAAUAUUUUUGAAAACAGUGAAAAUAACAAAUUUGAAAAAUUAGAAUUUUCCUAAUCAAAUAAAUCGUGCAAACGAUAUUAUUAAAAUUAAUAAUAAUAAUUGAAAUAAAAUUUGUAUUUAAUAUAAUUAAACAAUAUUGUAGUUAAAUAAUAAAUCACAGUUU